UGUGUCACAUCUUCUCAGGAUGUCAGACACGCCUCGUAACUCAAACAUGGAGGAGAUGGUUUACUAUGAUAGAGGUCAAACCGAUCUGUGAUUCGUGUUUAUCCGCUAUGGUAAAUGAGACGUGAAUUUGUUUGGAAAUGGUUGAUAAUUAAAGUCAGAGCAUAUCACGACUACAUAAGUCAGAAAGGACACACGCAGAGUAGGCUAUCCUCGAUCGAUGUUGCAUAACUUCUACUUCCAUGUAUCUGAAGUUGAACGCCAGGAUUUGAGCGCUAUGUGGUUCUUUCGCGAUAUUUUUGGCCAUAUAUGGCAAACACCGUUUAUUUUGUUGGCGUUCUGGACGGCACCUGCGUUCUUGCAUCCGCAGUGUUUGGAUUUUAAACCUCCAUUUCAGCCCCAACAAGAACUUCAGUUCUGUCAAAUGUAUAAAAACUUCGGCUGCUGUGACUAUGCCAGAGACCAAGAGCUGAUGGCAAAAUACUAUAGGAUAAUGGAUAACUUCGAUUAUUAUGGAUUCUCGAAAUGUGCAGCAUAUGUUCAAAAUCUGCUCUGUCAGGAAUGCUCUCCAUACGCUGCUCACCUUUUUGAUGCUGAAGACCCCAGCACGCCGUUACGGACCAUACCUGGACUCUGCCCGGACUACUGCUCUCAAUUCCAUUCCAAGUGCAGAUCCUUUCUUACCUUGUUGUCUGAUGAUCCACAUCUUCCAGAAUUUGAGCAUGACCAGCGCAGACUUUGUCAGUACCUCGAGCUGGAUGACCCAGACUACUGCUAUCCUCAUCUGCUGAACAAUGAACAGUUGACUAAAAAUCUGGGCCGCACCACUACAGACUCCGACGGCUGCUUGCAGCUGUGUUUGGAGGAGGUUGCCAAUGGACUCAGAAAUCCUCUUGCCAUGGUUCAUGCCAAUGAUGGCACCCACAGGUUUUUCAUUGCUGAACAAGUUGGACAGGUCUGGGUUUAUCUUCCAGAUCGAUCAAAGCUUGAAAAGCCAUUUCUAAACAUAACAAAGGCUGUGUUGACAUCUCCAUGGGAAGGUGAUGAAAGAGGCUUUUUGGGACUCACCUUUCACCCUGACUUUAAAAACAAUGGGAAGCUGUAUGUUUACUACUCUGUUGAGGUGGGCGUUGAUGAGAGAAUCCGUAUCAGUGAGUUCCGUAUCUCUUCUGCAGAUAUGAACGAGGUUGACCAUGGUUCAGAAAGAAUAAUUUUGGAGAUCGAUGAACCUGCUUCUAAUCACAAUGGUGGACAGCUUCUCUUCGCUGAUGAUGGAUACUUAUAUAUCUUUACUGGGGAUGGUGGAAUGGCAGGAGAUCCAUUUGGGAAAUUCGGAAAUGCACAGAACAAAUCUGCCCUUUUGGGAAAGGUUCUACGCAUUGAUGUAGAUGACAAUGAAAGGGGGCCACUGUAUAGAAUACCACCGGACAAUCCGUUUGUGGAUGAACCCAAUGCUCGCCCGGAGGUGUUUGCCUAUGGAGUGAGGAACAUGUGGAGGUGCUCAGUAGACAGAGGAGAUCCGAUAACCAAGGAAGGAAAAGGACGAAUCUUUUGUGGGGACGUGGGCCAGAAUAAGUAUGAAGAAGUAGACAUUGUGGAGAAGGGACGGAAUUAUGGCUGGAGAGCAAAAGAGGGCUUCUCUUGUUACGACAAAAAACUCUGUGCCAACAGCUCCUUAGAUGAUGUUCUUCCAAUCUACGCAUAUCCACACAAAAUGGGUAAAUCUGUCACAGGUGGAUAUGUUUACAGAGGCUGUGAAAAUCCAAAUUUAAAUGGCAUGUACAUAUUUGGAGACUUCAUAAGCGGACGCCUGAUGAGUUUAAAGGAAAACAGAAACUCACGCAGUUGGGACUACAGUGAGAUUUGCAUGGGGGUGGGUCUCACUUGUUCAUUUCCAAGGCUCAUCAACAAUUACUAUCCAUCCAUCAUUUCGUUUGCAGAGGAUGAAGCAGGUGAACUCUAUUUCAUGUCUACUGAAAUACCUAGUGCGGAAUCUCCUACAGGUGUUGUGUACAAGAUUGUUGAUCCCUCAAGACGUGCAUCCCCAGGAAAAUGUCAUUAUGAGCCACUUUCAGUUCGUGUAAGGAGCAAUCUCAUACAAUUCAAGCCAAAGGAAACACUAAUAGGAGUCCAUCCCAGACUCUCAAAUCCAGAGGUACGUUCUGAUAACCCCCAAAUAACCCCCACACCAUUCACCCCAACUACACCCAAGCCCCUCAGGACAUCCAGGCGGAGGAAAGGUAGACGCAGGAAGAGCAAGCACAAGAAUGGAGCAGUGAGGUUGGUUGGGGAUGCAGAGGGUCGGAGGGAUCGGGGAAGGGUGGAAGUAUAUGUCAAUGGGGAAUGGGGGACCAUUUGUGAUGAUCUCUGGAAUACCAAGAAUGCCAUAGUGGUUUGCCGGCAGCUCGGGUUCCACCAUGCACUUAAGGCUGCCAAGCAGGCUGAAUUUGGAGAGGGAACGAGCCUGAAGAUUAUUCUGGAUGAUGUGCAGUGUAAGGGGACAGAGGAAACUCUCUUGGACUGUCAGCACGCUGGGAUUGGUACACACAACUGUGCUCACUACGAAGAUGCUGGAGUGAUAUGUGGAAAUUCAGUUUAAGGCCUGGAAUAAUCUGAAAAGUUCUCAAACAACCUUUUUGUUAUUAGUUGUAGCACAUAGGUAUACCUUAUCUUUACAAUACAGAAGACAUAUGGCCUAUAAAAUAAAAAAAAAGUGAUAUUUGAGUUUCAUUUUUAUCGUAAAUACGCAUUCAUGUUCAUGGUUUGGUGCUCAAAUUCAUAGACCUAUGUGGAUGUUUUAAUUUGUCUGAAUCAAUGAAGUUAUGUUAUCCAAUAUAAAACUUUUGUAACAGUUAAUUUACCACCAUUCGUUCACAAAUAAAUUCAGAAUGAAAACGUUUUUGUGAUUAUCUAAAACCAACACAAAAUGUUAGAAGGAAAACAGCAUGUGGCACUUAAAACUUCAAGGAAAAAAAAAUACUGCAAGUCAGUGACUUCCAUAAACUGUUUUGUUAUCCACAUUGCUCCAAAUAUCAUAUUUUGUAUUCAAACUGAAGAAAGAAACUCCUACUGUUUUGGAACAACUUGAGUAGACUGAAUGAUGAAAAUGUUCAUUUGUGCGUAAAUCCCCUUUAAUAUGUCUUGGAUAGGUUGCUUUGUAUAUUUUGAAGUACUUUGGAGUACAAUAUAAAUAACAUUGUAUAAAAACAUGGUAUUGGGGUUAAGGUAUUGUGCAUAAAUGAUCUGUCAAAGUACCAUGGUAUGACAAUCUUGUACAAUCACUUUAAAACUAGCUAUUUCCGUGUUGUGACUAGGGCUAACACAACAACUGGCCAUUACUUGUUUUGUUAUUUUUCUUUUUUAUAUUUUCUCUAAACAAUAACCUUUUCUUUGAAGUUGUUAGUCAGUUUUUUUAGUAGCAAAUUCGUUUUGUUGAGUCGCUGAGUAAGUUAGCCUAAAGUGAGCGGGUUCGUUU